GUUAAAAUAAAUACCUGAGACUCGGUUAGACAGCCACAGCCGUGUUUAAUGUCCAGUUAUAACAAAGAAACGUAUGUUUGUCCCAACGUUAAGAAACAGUCAGUUGGCUGUUUAAAACACGCCCCUCCGUUAGCUUACACGGUUAGCCUCAUAAUGACGGACUGCGUUGGAAAAACGCAUGUUUUUACUGCGGCUAUGUUGCGCUUCAGUAGCUCUGCUGAUUCAUUGCAUCCGUUAUCAACAAGCAGCAUGGCGGAGCCGACUGUCCGUAUGUCUGGGAUUGUGUUAGCUUCUCUAAUGUUCCAGCAUGUUAACAGUGAUUCUGACGUGGAAGGUCUGAUCCUCGGAGAGAGUAAGUUCGAGGAGCAGAUCACCAUCAGCGACUCUCAGGCCGACAACAUCCACAUCGAGGAAAUCUACAACAUCCAGAAGCACAUCGCCUGCCACCGACUGAACCACUUUUACAACAGUGUAGGAGAAGUAAACGUGGACGUUGUGAAGAAUAUCCUGGCCGACAAUAAGCAGGAGCGUGUGAUUGGCUGGUACAGACAGCGUAGGAACUCGGGCCAGCAGAUGACGUUCAGAGAGAAGCUGGUCCACGAGAAGCUGAAGGCGUCUCUGUCCAACCCUCACAUGAUCUUUGUGCUGCUGACGCCCAGCAGGGUGACGGCCGCCGGGGCCACGCACCGGACGGAGUACGCCGCCUUCAUCUCACGCAGCAGGCAGUUUGUGAACGUCCCCGUGACGGUCACUAAUUUGGGGCUGCUGGAGCAGCUGGCCUACUGGAAGGUCUCGGCUCCGUGCUCGGCGGCCGGUUAUCACCUCACCAUGAAGAAACACAGCUCCAAGUUCUUCUCUUCCAACGGGCUGCUGAGAGAAGUUAACGACGUCAACACGAUGAACGACUCUCUGCAGACAGAGCUGCAGAAAGCGUGCAGAGAGGUGGAGGAGAGUGAGCGUCUGGUGGAAACUCUGCAGGCGGAGGUUUCAGCUCUCAGGACGAGACUCAGUGAGAAGAAUCAGCAGCACGGAGCAGCCGGAGACUCCGACUCCCAGCAUCCUCAGCAGCAGAACGUGCGUCUCCAGGAAGCCGUCAGAGCUCUGUUGGCGGUCUCUCCUCUCUUCCACUCGCAGACGCUAACCCUCGAUGCGUUCCCCGUUCCCGAGCUCUGCUGCCGCGGCGAGCGGGAGGCAGAGGUCUCCACGGAAACGCCACCGCCCGGCAGGAAGAGGACGAGAGGAACGCCGGCGGGGAGACACAGGAAACGCAGGAAGAGCAACUCCUGACAGAGUCACUGACCAAUCAGUGGCCAGAGGCGAGGUCACCGCUGUUUAUGGCGCUUUUUCUAACUUUUUGGGACAUUUUUGUCGCUUUACCGACAUUUUUGUUGUUCUCUUUUAAUUUUUUGACGUUUUUUUUGUGGCUUUGCUGAUGAUUUUGUUGCUCUUUCUCGCCUUUUUUGGGACUUUUUUUAGGAAGAGCAACUCCUGACCAAUCAGGGGCCAGAGGCGAGGUCACUGCUGUUCAGGGCACUUUUUGGAUGUUUUUGUCGCUUUCUUUAACUUUUUUGUUGCUUUUUUUAAAAACUUUUGUUUUUUUUUCUAGACAUUUUUGUCUCUUUAACAACUUUUCUUCCCCGUUUUGCCUUUUUGUUGCUGUAUUUGUUGCUUUUUUAACAGAUUUUCGUGUCUCUGUUCUCUCGUUUCUUUUGACAUUUGGGGUGUGUGUGUGUGUGUGUGUGUGUGUGUGUGUGUGUGUGUGUGUGUGUG